CUCUAUACAAAGGAGCGAUGUAAAAAAAUUGUCUGAUGGAAAAUUGAACUGGCAGUGGAUGAGCCUGUUCAAGCAUUUUCAGCAGCAUUCUUUCAGUGACCCAGUGCCUGAGGAGGAGGUCACCAUGAUCUCCACAGCACUCCGCUGGCUGGUUCUGGUGUCUUUUAUAAUUCUGACCAUUGGUGGGAACAUGCUGGUGUGUUUGGCUGUGGGGCUCAGUCGUCGACUGUGGCGCAUCGCUAACUGCUUCGUGGUAUCUCUGGCAGUGACAGAUCUCCUGCUAGGCCUGCUGGUGCUGCCCUUGUCUGCCACCCUGGAGCUGCGCAGUGGGAACUGGCCCCUCGGAGGAGCCCUGUGUAACAUCUACAUCUCACUGGAUAUCCUGUUGUGUACAUCGUCCAUCCUCACCCUGCUGGCUAUCAGUGUGGACCGAUACCUCGCCAUUUCAGCCCCCCUCAGCUACUCCCGGAGAGUUACUCCUCUAAGGGUGACACUGGCCAUGAUCGCCAUCUGGGCCUUGUCACUAGCUGUGUCCUUUGUGCCCAUCCACCUGGGCUGGAAUACGGCGGACUACAGUGUGCAGCACAUAGACUGGGACAUGGGUGAUGAGGACAAGGAGGGACGCUACUGCCAGUUUGAAUGGAAUAAUAACUACGUCCUCAUUUAUGUCUUUGGCUCAUUUUACCUGCCUCUGUUGCUUAUGUGCGGAAUGUAUCUCUGCAUAUUCAGAGUGGCACGAGAACAGGUGCGGCGUAUCCGUGCUGCCACUCCAUCAUUUGCACGCACGGCAUCGACUGCAGCCAUAGCCCGAGAGCACAAAGCCACAGUGACCGUGGUGGCUGUGCUGGGGGCCUUUAUCAUCUGCUGGUUCCCCUACUUCACCUAUUUCACCUGCAUGGGCUUAAGGGAAAAGACAAACCCGCCUAAUACACUUAACUCUGUGGUCCUGUGGCUGGGCUAUUUUAACUCUGCUCUUAACCCCAUCCUGUAUCCAGCCUUCAACAGGGAUUUCCGCAGGGCCUAUGGACAGCUGCUUCGCUGCAGAGGACCAUCUCACAGAAAACUACGGCUUUCUUGUGCGUCCAUGCAAAAAAGAUUGACCUUUACUAAUGGACAGAGGGUUUCCCAACAGUCUGAGAAACAUAAAGACACGGUUAAUAAAGAAACUGAGGGGAAGAGCCUCACACUACAUAAGAGGAAUGGUGUCCCUGAUGAGCCAAGGUAAAACACCAUGUAUCUGUAGUUCCACUGCUGGACUAAAAUUUGUGAAUUAUAAACUUGCCCCACUACACACAAUUACAAUAUCACAUAAAUGCUUAGUAAAGAGUGCCAAAGAUUAUAUAAUCUGUGUGAAACUCACAUGACAGGAAUACAAAAAUAGGACAUGAUGCAAAUCUAUGUGCUUUAUUAAAAGGUGACCAAUAUUUUCUUGAUUACAGAACAUCAUGACAUUCACAGUGCUGAAAUGUCUGUUUAUUAGGCACAUGUUGAAAGCAUGUAACAAAGUAUUUCAAAGAAGACAGUAGCAAGCGGAGCAGAAUUGAGUGGAAUGAAUAGAUAACUCUAAGUUUCCCAGUAAGCUGCAUGGAGACAAAGGUGGUUAAAAGUUUGCAAACUGUUUAUUUAUUCUCCCCUUGACCCUGUCAAUGAGAGUGAAUAAGUGACCAGUAAGUUCAUUUGAUGUGUUCAAAUUGUGUAUGUUUGACUAGACCCAAGCAGGAUAACCUUGACUUCCUGGAUGAUUUAACAGAACUGCAA